AUGGAGUCAGACAGGGCAGCCAGGCCCCCAGCUGUCACCGUCGUGCCAAGGGAAAUGCAGCCAGACAGGUUGGCAUCUUUGUGCCAAGACCAGCAGGGCCCGAGGGAGGAUGAGGAGGGAGAGAAGGACGCAGAGGGAGCAAAGGCUUCCUGCCAAAAUGUGUACUACUACCGCUGCCCUGACCACCGACGCAACUAUGUCAUGUCUUUUGCUUUUUGCUUGACCGAGAGCGACGUGUAUCAGUUUGCCUACUUACCCUACACCUACUCGAGACUGCAGCAUUACCUGGCCAGCUUGGAGCGCAGGAACCUGCCUUACCUGCAGAGGGAACAACUGGGACUCAGUGUGCAACAAAGGCGUCUAGACCUGUUAACCAUCACCAACUCUGACCACAUGAGUGCAGAACGGGAGAAGAAGCUGGUCUUUCUCACCGCCCGCGUUCACCCCGGAGAGUCUCCCGCCUCGUUUAUUUGUCAAGGUGUGAUUGACUUCCUGGUGAGCCACCACCCUGUUGCUCAGAUCCUGAGAGAUCAUGUGAUCUUCAAGAUAGUCCCCAUGCUAAAUCCCGACGGAGUCUACCUGGGCAAUUACAGGUGUUCUCUGAUGGGCUUCGACCUGAAUCGACACUGGCAGGAUCCCUCUCCGUGGGCCCACCCCACACUGCACGCUGUGAAACAACUCAUAGUGCAGAUGAACCAAGACCCGAGAGUCAGUUUGGAGUUCUACAUUGAUGUUCAUGCCCACUCCACUAUGCUGAACGGCUUUAUGUAUGGCAACGUGUUUGAGGACGAGGAGCGCGUCCAGAGACAGGCUGUCUUCCCCCGACUGCUGUGCCAAAACGCGCCAGACUUCUCCUUUUCCAACACUUCCUUUAACCGUGACGUGGUGAAGGCCGGUACCGGUAGGCGUUUCCUUGGCGGUCUUCUCGACGACACGUCCUACUGCUACACUCUCGAGGUGUCCUUCUACAGCUACAUGACAGCUGGCAGCACUGCUCCUGUUCCCUACACUGAGGAGACCUACAUGAAGUUGGGCAGGAAUGUGGCUCGAACCUUCCUGGAUUACUACAAACUCAAUAACUUCGUUAAGGACAACAGACCAACUCCUAUUCAAAGUUCUGGGGUGAUGUCCCAGACAGGCAAUGGUGUUGGCAGAGACACAGCAGACAGAGAGAAGGAGAAGAGCGAAAGUUUCGGGCACUAGACAGCCAGCCAGACGGACACAGGCUGAGCAUGUAUAAAAUGCAGAGCACUGAGGCAGGAGAAUCCUUCACACUUCAUUGUGUUUAUAAGCUCCACAUCUCCCUGGCUAUAAAGACUUAUUUUCACAGAUUUGUAACAGUGGGAUGACUGGUACUUGUAGGACUAAACCCAGAAGAGGCUUCCUCCUGGGUUAUAAAGCAUGGACUGUUGAAUACCAAGAGGAGACAGACUGGUUAUUCAUCUAUGUUUCCAUCCAAGGCCUUCAUUUGGCAGCUCAUUUUUUUGUUGAGAAGAAAAAAGUGCAUGCGCUCCUGUUGUCCCCCCCCCCCCUUUUUCCCCCCAAUUUAAAUUUUUAUCUCUGAUUGUAUUAUAAUUAGUCAUUAAACA